AUGCACCUCCAGUCGUUGUUUUCCCCUUAAACUGCACAAUUUUUAUCCAUUGUUGUCCCCUCCGACUGGCUGUUACAAAAUCUAAUUGCUGGGCAUCGUUUGAAUUAUUCCGAAGAAAAAGAAACAGUUCCUGUUUGUCGCAAACACCGUUGUUGCUUUACAUUAGCGGCCUAGUAACAAUUUUAAUUUAGACUCGUUACAAACCGUCCGCUAGCGGACUCACACCGAUAAGGAUGGAAGCAUUGAUUCCGGUAAUCAAUCGAUUACAAGACGUCUUCAACACCGUUGGCUAUGACGCUAUACAGCUCCCGCAAAUAGUGGUUAUUGGUUCACAGAGUUCUGGAAAAAGUUCAGUGAUAGAAAGUAUUGUCGGAAGAUCAUUUUUACCCAGAGGCAUUGGAAUAGUCACCAGGUGUCCUUUGAUUUUGCAGUUGGUUAAUUGCCCACUAAGCGACAAGGAACAUAGAAGUGCUGAAAAUGGUACAGCAAAUUUAGAAGAAUGGGGCGAGUUUCUCCAUUGUAAAAACAAAGUGUUCAAGGAUUUUUCCGAAAUACGCGAAGAAAUCCAAGCUGAAACGAACAGAGUAGCUGGUAGCAAUAAAGGAAUAUGCCCUGAACCCAUCAGCUUGAAAAUAUACUCUAUACACGUUCUGAACUUGUCCAUGGUAGACUUGCCUGGCAUCACAAAAGUUCCUGUGGGUGAUCAGCCAGAAGAUAUUGAAAUGCAAGUUAAAAAUUUGGUAAUCAAAUACAUUCAAAAUCCAAAUUCAAUAAUUUUAGCUGUGAGUACUGCCAAUACAGACAUGUCGACUAGUGAAAGUCUUAAAUUAGCCAAAGAAGUCGAUCCUGAAGGGAAAAGAACAUUAGCUGUAAUCACAAAACUCGAUCUCAUGGAUGCUGGAACUGACGCUGUCGAUAUAUUAUGUGGUCGUGUUAUUCCAGUUAAACUUGGUAUAAUUGGCGUUGUGAAUCGCUCGCAACAAGACAUUAACGAUAAUAAAUCGAUCAUCAAUGCUUUAAAAGAUGAAGGUACUUUUUUACAACGAAAAUACCCUUCAUUGGCUAAUCGUAAUGGGACACCUUACUUGACCAAGACCCUAAACAGACUUCUCAUGCACCAUAUUAGAGAUUGCCUACCGAACUUGAAAACUAGAGUUAAUGUUAUGGUUUCACAAUUUCAAUCACUCUUGUAUUCAUUUGGCGAUGACGUGUCAGAUAAGAGUCAGACUUUGUUGCAAAUAAUCACUAAAUUCGCAGCUGCUUAUUGUUCAACUAUUGAUGGAACUUCUAAAAACAUUGAAACAACUGAAUUGUGCGGUGGGGCUCGAAUAUGUUACAUAUUUCAUGAGACAUUUGGAAAAGUUUUGGACUCUAUCCAUCCUCUGACUGGUCUUACAAAAAUGGAUGUCCUCACUGCAAUACGAAAUGCAACAGGUCCGAGACCUGCUCUGUUUGUGCCUGAAGUGUCUUUUGAGCUGUUGGUCAAAAGGCAGAUACGCAGACUGGAAGAGCCUUCCUUACGAUGUGUUGAACUCGUCCACGAAGAAAUGCAACGCAUGAUUCAGCAUUGCGGUGUAGAGUCCCAACAAGAAAUGAUCAGAUUUCCAAAAUUACAUGAAAGCAUUGUCGACGUUGUAACUCAACUGUUGCGCCGCCGUUUACCCACAACAAACUCAAUGGUCGAAAACUUGGUUGCUAUUGAACUAGCCUACAUCAAUACUAAGCAUCCAGAUUUCCAUAGGGAUGCUGAAUUGGUAUCGUUAAUGAUGAAAAGUGCAGAAGAAGACGAAGUUUCUAGACAACGAGCAUUGAAAAAAUUUAAUGCCGCUGCUUCAGUAAAUGGUUGUGAUCGAGAUAGCGUAACAAGCACUGGUUCGAUGAGAAGGACUCCAAGACAACAACAAGAUUUUAACAGUGAAGUGAAUUCUAUUGAAUCAUCACCCGCCACGACGCCUGUACACAUUGGGCAUAAUGAGCUAUUGACUACGUCUGUGGCAAAUAGCUUCCACAAUUUGGAUAUACAGAGCCCUUCUAAUAGAAAUCUUUCCGAGAAAGAAUUGCGUGACUGCGAUGUUAUAGAGCGAUUGAUCAAAUCAUAUUUCUACAUAGUGAGAAAAUCAAUUCAAGACAGCGUGCCCAAGGCAAUAAUGCACUUUUUAGUGAACUUUGUUAAAAAUAAUUUACAAUCAGAGCUAGUCACACAUCUGUACAAAUCCGAACAAGUAGAAGAACUACUCAAUGAGUCUGAACAUAUAUCUAAACGUCGAAAAGACGCUGUCGAUAUGCUCAAGGCUUUACAAAAUGCAAAUAACAUCAUCAGUGAAAUUCGUGAGGUGCACGUUUGGUGAUGAUCUUGGAAGAUCCUCCAAUGAUGCUUUUAUAGUUUAGUUUUUACAUUAAAAUUCCCUGUCUUGUGUUGUAAAGUCAUACUUAUUAUUUAAUUGCUGGUCGUACGACCACUGAUGCAUUUUUAUUAGUUUCAAUAAUGCAUUUAUUUAAAUUUUCCAAAGAAAUCCACACUUAAUUGGGUUUAUCACAUAACUUCUUGUUCUGUUUUUAAUUUAUUACAAACAAAUACUACAUUUUUGAUAGUUUUAAAUCCUUCAGGUAAAUAUGAUGGUUUCCUAAAUGUUUCCGGAAAUAUAUAUAUACAUAUGUCAUGUAAAAAAGUAUAUGCGAGUGCUUAACAAACACUUGAAAUUCAUCUUUUUUUAACAAAAUGAAAAAUACUACACGAUAACUUACUUUAUAAAAUAUUUAUUAAAUUUUAGAUUCAAAUGUUUUUUUUUUUGAGAAAAAAAAAUUAGCCCGUAGUAUGUAUUAUUUAAUUGGCAACAAAUAGUAUAAUGUUUUACACUUAUCUUACAAAACAUAGUUGGAAGAAAAAAUAUUAAGGUCUGAUGAUCGUCGCCUUUGUAAUAUUUUUUAGGUUGAUUAAGAAAUGACAUUACCUUAAAGAUAGUUUAGCAUAUAAGAAAAAUUUGAAAUAUCUGUUUGUUUGUUUUUUGUUGGAAAUCGGAAGCUUAAGUUUGUGUAAACAAUUUUUUACUUUCCUUUUUUAACUAGUGCUUACGGUUCAAUAAAGAAUAUAGAAUAUUAGAAGGUUGAUUAUUGUUUUGAUUUUUAAUAUAAUUCUAUAAUCUUUUCUCAGUAAAUCGUUUUAGUUUACUAAAUUAACGUUUUAAUAUCCAGUACCUAGUUGGUGUACUCCUUUUGUGCUAUAACAAAAUAAACUGACAAAAUCGGUAAUGAAAAAAAAACAAAACUAAGAGAUGUUUUUUUAAAAAAUAUUUAUUUUAUUCUGUAAUUUAGCAAUAUUAGCGUUCCUGCUUUCUAUAUUAUAUUCUAUCAGUCUACUUCACAGAUUGAACAUUCUUAUGAUUACUUACAUACGUUAAAAAAAAAAAAAUAAUAGUGUUGGUGGUCUUUGAGAGCCUCAGUACAAUACUUGGGUAUAAAUGAUAAUUAUACAUAUGAUAUAAUAAAUAUGCACGCCUUUGUGAAUUGUACAAAUUAGUUGACUAGAAACUUAAAGUAGUUACAUGAAAAAAAAAAAAAUCUUCAAAAUGUUUUGUAUGUUAGUGUCAUGUUGUAGUUAUACAU